AUGUCCUCGCGCAGACGACAAAUUCCCGUCGAGGACUCGUGGCGCAUGGUUGACGGUGAAAACGACAGUAUCGAAACGACUCUCUUGCCCGGAACGAACCCCGAAUACGACGGCGACAUUCUCUCCCCGCUGUCCAGUGAGCAGCCUUCAUCGGGCUUUCCCUCGCAGCAGCAGCAGCAGCCGAGCUCGCAGAGCCAGCCGAAUUCCAGCUUUGGCUCGCAGGAUAGCAUCCGCGACUUUGCCAAGCACCAGGCCGACGACAACGUCAUUCUGCGCGAGCCGUUUCGUCCCAGCAUACCGCCGUCUGUGGUCAGCAGCACCAGCCAUAACUCGCUCUCGGCGCACACUCACCGCACGCCGGAUCCAGAAUUUAGGAUGCCGUCAGUCGACUUCAACAGUAGUCGCAAGAGCUCCGGCCAGAGCUCCCGAACGCUUCGCCAGGCCAUGAUGAGUAGCAGCCCCCGCGACAGCGAAUCGACUGCAGUGCGACGACGGGGAUACACAUCACAGUCAAGUCCCGUGAAGCGCCGGAGCACGCGACAAAGAGCGGACCAUGACGAGUACGGGACGCAUCACCGAGACCGAAACAGCGAUGAGCCUUCUACCCCAUCGAUUACGAGCGGCAUAGCGCGGUGGGCAGUCGCCGUCAUUGGUCUCGCCUUUCAAUACGCCAAGCGACCCCUCGCGUUCCUUCUCGCCGUCUAUCUCUUCUGCGGCGCCAUCAUCAUGACGCAAAACAUGCUACAACGGUCCAUAUACGUUUCCCUGUCGCCUGUCUGCCGCCUACCUGGUGCCUCGCUCCUGAACUUGCCGUUUUGCGCCGAUACCACCGGUCGCGACGCACCAGACAUGCUGGCGAACCCCGUCGAGUUUGACGACUUGAUGGGUGUGCAGGCCAAAUUUGAGGAUGUUUUAGAGAAGAGCGUCGACGGAGCGUCACUGCCGCUGGAGAUGAAGCGCUCUGAAGCGAGCCUGCGCGACCUGCGCACGCUCGUCAAGCACAGCGACAUCCAGGCGCGCGACGAGCUUCUUUUUGAGCUUGACGGUUUUGUCGAUACGGCGCGGCAGAGCGCCGCCGACCUGCAGCGCUUCAACACGCAUGUCGGCUCGGCCGUCGACGCCGUCAUCACCAUCAACCGCUGGACCGCGCGCUACAUUGACUCGCUUGCGCCCCUCUCCGACAAUAACGGCGCCUCCUCCUCCACCUCGCUAUCCCUCAUCACCUGGUCCGGCUGGCUGUUCACUCCGUUUCAGCCCGCCGAGCAGGUCUUUAGCGAGCGCAUCCUCCGCGACAAGUAUAUUGAGCACACAACGCUUGUCUCGGAGCGCAUCGCUGCCCUCAUCCUCGAGGCCCAGGCCGUCCUGCGUCUCCUCACCAAAGCCGAGGAUCACCUCUCCCUCAUCUACGACGUCUCGUCGCGCUCCGCCGCCACGCUCUCCUCGCACCGCGACGAGAUCCUCUGGAACGUGUGGACGCUCGUCGGUGGCAACGCCCGCCGCCUCAGCCACCUGACACGGCAGCUCGCGCUAUUAAAAAAGGUGGACGCGCAGCGCGACUCCGCCGUCGUCCAGGUCAGCGCCCUCGUUCUCGAACUCGAGGCCAUCCAGGCCGGCCUUGGCGACCUGCGCGAUCGCGUCGCCGAGCCUGGCGUCCUUCGCGACGCCGCCAGUCCCGCCGUCGCGAGCCUCCCCCUCACAAUCCACAUUGAGACGAUUGAUCGCGGCGUCGAGCGCCUCGAGGCCGCGCGAAGACGGAUCCGCGCAGCCGAGGACGAUCGCGUGCGCGAGGCGCUGGCCAGGAGUGGUCUGCGCGACGAUCAGGAUAGGUUGAUUGGCGAUUCUCAGCGUGCGUGA